UUCAAAAUGCAAUGUAAUUAAUGAAUGAAAAUCAUAACUUAAAUACAAAGACAUUGCCCUCAGCUGAACAGGUCUUAAUGCUGCAGAUUGCUGGAACUGUGCUGAGGAAAUAUUGUUUUGUAAUUGCUUUAUAUUUGCUUUAUUAUUCUUUAAUAUGCCUUUAGUCACCAUUACAACCGGAGUGCUGACUCACUACAGCAAUUCUUGUAUAUACCUGAUAAAGAAAAUACGUUGUAUUUUCUUGUUCUUAUUUUCAGCAAUGUUCACGUCUUAAAGCCUUUCUUGUUUGCAUAAGCAGAUGUUUGUUAAGCCAACUAAACUAAAAAUAAAUGCGUUCAUCUUUUUGCAGUGGUUUAGAUGAAUGUGUUUAAAAUCACAACCUUUUUAAAGUUGUAAAGGAUCCAUUCUGUCUUUUACGUUGCUCUCAAGCCUUGGCUUCAUUCUUUCUUUCCCAUAUCACCACUUUUUUAUUUCUCUCGAAAUGGUGUGCUCAUCUGUCAAAUGAAGUGUCUGCUUGAAUUAUGGAGAUUAGCAAUGAAGUGCUGCAAAAAACAAGUGAUACUCUAAAAUCAAGGCAGCUGUAUUAUUUGUACAUUGGCUUUUAUUCAGCUAGCUGUGCUGUUUUUCUACUGACUUGAAAAUUGCUGUAACCUUGUAAUACUGUAACUUGAGAAUUUUUUACAGCAUUUAAAAUGUUACUGAUAAUAAGAUGAAAAGUAUCUCCUUUUAUUUGGAGUAAGCAUCUUGAAAUAUUGUUUGGGACAUUUCGAUUUCUGAUACUAAGAAUGCUUGUCUAAAAGUUCUCCCUUCUCCACUCUGCAAGCUUGUCCCUUCCUCUGUCAGUACAAAAACUCAACUGCAUACAGAGUGCAGCUCCCUGGGUUCUUUUCAGCUUUUGUUAGGUACCAGAGCACACUUUUGCCCUGUCUUGUUAGAUGAGUUUUCUGCAUUCUGUUUAGUUGCCACAUUCCAUGUUCCAUGCCAGCAGAGACGUGGUGCUACCUAUAUAAAAUGAUGAAUAUGAAAUGUAAGUAAAUCCACAUGAAAGAUGUGAACAAUCCUUUUCAAAGUUUUAAUGGAUACAGCACAGUGAGAGUUACAAAAAUGAGAAGGAAAGUGAAAAUGCCUGAAUUUCAGUUCUUCUGUUACCCACUUGAUGUGACGUAAAUUCCUCUUGGAAGACUACAGGAUGUCUCUACAGCACCAGCUUUCAGUUUUAACUCUUACCUGUUGCAGAAUGUGGCAGGACAUUUCAGCUAUCAGUGUGCUUGGGACUGUAUCUGUAGACAUUACUUGCUGAGGUAAAAAUGGUUGAAGGCGUUAGUGGUGCAGUCAGUAGAGGACAGACUGUAUUUUAGAUUUUUGUUCCAAUCCUUUUCUUGGCCAUAGUCCGAGCUGCUGCAGUACAAUUUUUAAUGGAAAAUCAUUUCAUGUCUGGGCAUCUGCUGUUCCUGCUUUGGCUGUACUGGAAAACCAUAUGUUCAAUUUGACUGGAGCUUUCUUUGAUGUUGCUAAUAUCUGUGUUUUUGGUCAUCUUCACCUUGUGUGGUGUUUCAAGGAUUCACGUUAAUAUGUAGCAAAUCUUAGUCACUUCUGGCUGCAAUAAUAGGUAUUGCUGCUAGUCAUUUUGAUUGAGAUACAAAGUAUAGAUGUCACUCAUAAAUUGGUUGAAUCUCAAAUGUCUUACGUGUCAUUAAAUUGUUACUGCUGCAGAAAAUAGAUGUUAUAAUGGAGAAAGUUUUAAAAACACAAAGUUUUGGUACGAGAUCAAUCAAGUUUUAUGAGUGUUUUUGACAGUCUAUUCUGUUGCCUUGGUUUGUUCUGUACUAGCUGUUCCUACAAAAAUGAUUUAAUGGAGAAGCUGAAUUAUCACAAUAAAAAGGUAUUUGAAAUUUAAUUAUCUUAUUUUAAUAGCAGGUUCCUCACCUAGCUCCAGUAGCAGCUCCUCUGUUAAUCCCAUGGCUUCUCUUGGAGCAUUGCAGACACUGGCAGGGGCUACAGCAGGCCUGAAUGUUAGCUCUCUAGCAGGCAUGGCAGCUUUAAAUGGAGGACUUGGCAGUGGUGGUCUGUCAAAUGGGACAGGUAGCACAAUGGAAGCUCUCACACAGGCUUAUUCUGGAAUCCAGCAAUACGCUGCUGCUGCAUUGCCCACACUCUAUAACCAGAGUCUUUUAACACAACAGAGUAUUGGUGCAGCAGGAAGUCAAAAAGAAGGUCCAGAGGGAGCCAAUCUGUUUAUCUACCAUCUCCCCCAGGAGUUUGGGGAUCAGGAUCUGCUGCAGAUGUUUAUGCCAUUUGGAAAUGUUGUCUCUGCCAAGGUUUUCAUUGAUAAGCAGACCAAUCUAAGCAAGUGUUUUGGUUUUGUAAGUUAUGACAAUCCUGUCUCUGCACAGGCUGCCAUUCAGUCAAUGAACGGCUUUCAGAUUGGCAUGAAGCGUCUGAAAGUACAGCUCAAGCGCUCUAAGAAUGACAGCAAGCCAUACUGAGCGCCCCUCCCCUCCGGGACUGGAGUGAGAAGGAUCUUUUGGUAAGUUGGAGAGGAGCGCACUUAGUGAUUCGAAGCCCUAAGGCUGUGUUUUUACAGUCCUGGAAGCUGAUCCAUGCCGUUCUAUCUGGCACGUCUUCCCCUGAAGACUCGGCUGCAGCCUCUACUGAGAAUCCUGCUUCGAAUGAAGGACAAGUUUGUGCUUUUGUUUCCAGUGUUUUACUUUGGAGUUUAGGUGCCAUAUCGCUGAGGUUUUUUUUUUUGUUUGUUUUUUUUGUUUUGUUGUUGUUUUUUUUUUCCCUUAUUUAAGUUUGCUGUGUUUGUAACCAGUGUGUGUUGAGAAGGACCAAUGCCAGCUCCUUAGGGGUGGGGAGGUAGGGCAAAGGGAGCCGCAGAAUCUGAAACCACACUGCCUUGGGGUAGAGAAAAGAAGGGGAAGCAAAACUGACACCACACUGCCAUGGGGAGAGGAGAAGGGAAAGCAGAAAUAACACUGAACAGCUGAUGGAAACAAAGAUGGGGAAGGAAAACUGAGUUUAUCUAAGUUUGGGUGAGCAAAGAACCAACUCCAAGUAGCCUUUGUCAUGCCACACCCACUCUUUGAUGCUUCCUUAACUGUAUGCCAUGGUGAGGAAUUAGUAAAUCAUCUCUAAAGCAGAAGACAGGCUGGAAGGGUGAACACAUUAACGAGCCAAAGGAAAACUGCAGUGGUUUUUUGUUUGCUGUAUAUGAAAUAGUGUGUAUGUAGCACUGUGAAUGUACACAGCACUUUAUAAAAUUAGAUAAUGUCUGCCCAGAAAAUUUCACUAUUUACCGCUGAAUGUUAAUGAGAUGCAGUGGAUUUCACCAUUUUUAAGAGAACUUACCCUUUAACUUGGUUUAGAGAGACAUUACUUAGAGUCUGGAUGAAUAUGUCUGAGGCUGGAAACAGGAAAUUUUCAAUCUCUGAUAACCUGCAGAAUUUUUUCGACAGUUUUUUUUUUUCCUAACAAUUCAUUACAUUCUCCAUUUCUAUGGAGUAAUGUCCUUUUCUCAGAGUAUUACUUUGAAUUCAUUCUGAUAAGCGUAAUAUGUGCUGUUUGUUUCUCUGUUAAAAUAACUGUUAAAUUGAGAUACAAAGCACGGAGUUACCCUGAAACAGCUCUUGAAGCUCCUGCUUUAUACGUAUAGGAUUUGCUUUCUUGGUCUUUCUGUUCCAAAGAUAAUUACCUAUUUAAAAAAAUAAUAAUCUAAUUUGUGCGGUGAUAUAGUCUAGUAGAUGGGUAUUCUUUAUACUGCAGUUUUCCUUUAAGGUGGUGUGUACCAGUGCAUAGCAGGGCUAACACACUUCCAAAGCAGAGCAUUGAGCCAUUCAGUCUUACUCCACGUUUUGGUCCAUUAUCUUUUAUACUGAAGGAAAAUUAAACACAACCCUUCAAUCAGCACACUUUU